GCACUGUCAAUGUUGUUAGGUUUACCAAAUGGAGUCCUAAUGGAGUCGAUUUAAUUAAAAUAGUUUAAAAAUGGCCCGAAAAUCAUGAGAAAAUCCGAACAAAUGAAACUGGAUGCAUGGACAAUCUACAACAACUCUGGAUUGACAAAUUAUGUAGUAAGUAAAAUACACUGUUUCUACAAUACAUUUACCGAAGACUAUGUACUUGGCUUGAAAUCAGAUGAUAAAUAGAGCCGAAAAAUCUCUGUGGGGGCAAAUGUUAUUGUGCUUUUCAAGGUGUAAUAAAAUCAAUUUUCAUUGUACAACUUAAGGGCAAUGUCACAGAGAGUUAAAAGGCCCAAUCGAUCCGAAGAUGGCUCUGUUCCGGUUAAAAGGCGCAAGCGGACGACGGCCGAGGAAGAGGAGGCGGCCUCCUUGGGUGCGUCCCAAGGUUCAUGGCAACCGCCUCGAACUAACGAGCUCAAAACCAUUUACAACAGAAGCACCACGGAGGCUCCCGCUGAACUAUUUCGUAAGGAUUUAAUUAGUGCCAUGAAAUUACCAGACUCGGAACCGCUGACCCAGGACGAAUACUGGGUGAUCGUCGACCAGUGGAAACAGGAAUGGGAGAGGGGUGUCCAGGUGCCCGUUAAUCCCGAUUCCCUGCCCGAGCCGAGCGUCGCAAUAGCGAAAAACCGACCGGCCAGGUCCCAUAAGGAUUUUAAAUUACCGAAAAACAAGUACAUCCGGAUAAACAAGGACGACAACUUCGACGUGGAGACUCACGUGUUUUCAAAUGCGCCGGCGCAAGCGGAAGCCGCUUGCUCCUACGACCUGGACGAGUCCGACGUUUCGUGGCUUAAAAUAUUAAACGCGGAACGCGCCUCUUGCGGUUUAGGCCCGAUUUACGAGGACCAACUCGAGCGGGUGAUCGAACGGCUCGAGUUAUGCUGCUGGGAGAAAAUCCAAUCGAUUCUGAAGAACGAGGAGGGCCUUGGCAUCGAAUACGACGAGAACGUCAUCUGCGACGUGUGUCGUAGCCCCGACUCGGAAGACGGCAACGAGAUGGUGUUUUGCGACAGCUGUAACAUAUGCGUGCAUCAGGCUUGCUACGGCAUCACGAAGAUUCCCGAGGGACAAUGGUUGUGUUGCACUUGUAACUUGAGAAAACGUCCCGACUGUAUGUUGUGCCCUAACAAAGGGGGUGCGAUGAAGUCGACUCGUACGGGGCAAAAGUGGGCUCAUGUCUCUUGUUCCUUGUGGAUUCCCGAAGUGAGCAUCGGGUGCGUGGAAAAAAUGGAGCCGAUCACUAAGAUAUCGAGCAUCCCUGCUAGUCGUUGGGCCCUAAUUUGCGUGUUGUGUCGGGAACGUCGUGGUGCUUGCAUACAGUGUUCGGUGAAAACGUGCAAAACGGCGUAUCAUGUUACCUGCGCGUUCAAACACGGGUUGGAAAUGCGCGCGAUCAUUGAAGACGAAAACGCGGAUGACGGAGUGAAGUUGAGGUCCUACUGCGAAAAGCAUAGUAAAUCGAGUAAGAAAAGUGAAAAGAGCGUGUGCUCCGGCGGUUCGGAGGAGGACGACACCAAGAGGAAAAAACGCAAAGACAUGACCAACGAGGAGAAAAACCAGGCCCGAGCAGCGCGACUUCAAGAAAUCGAGUCCGAGUUCUUCAAGCACGUGUCCGUUAAAGACAUCAAGGUGCAUAUUGAGGUCGACGGCGAUGGCUUACAGUACAUUUACAACUACUGGAAGCUGAAAAGACGUGCGGGGCACAACAAGCCGCUGCUCCCGCCGAAAUCCGAAGACGUGGACGUGUUGUCGCAUAAACGGGAGCAAGCCGACCUGGAAAAGAUGAAAAUGUUCGUGCAACUGCGUCAGGACCUGGAACGCGUCCGCAACUUAUGCUACAUGGUCAGCCGCAGGGAGAAAUUGAGCAGAAGUUUCUUUAGGAUGCGCGAGCAGACCUUCCAUAAACAAGCCGCCGUCUUAGAGUCAUCAAACACUUUACCCACCACCGUGAUUCAGGCGGUCAUCGAGGCCAAUCACGGACCCUCGAUUUACGAUCGUUUGUAUUCACACGACGAGGCCGAAGAUCACACGUCAGACUUCGACGUGAUUUUGGCCAGGAUCGCUGGCCUGAAGUCGCCGUCGCAUUCUGGCCUGGAGGAUUCCAAACCGAACGAGGUCAACGGCCUGUUUAGGGACGUGAAAAACAACCCUUAUAAAAAAGUGUACUUUAAUGGGUCUUCCAAGAGGCGCAGCGCCAGUUUGUACGGAAGCAGUCUCUCGAGUGAGAGCAGUAGCGAUGAAAAACCCAAAGAUGACAAAGAGAACCAGGUGCGCACCAGUUCAAACGAAGACAAGCCGAACAAAAAGCGAGGCACCCCUAAGAAACAAACCAGAAAAAGACGCAUAAUAUCCAAAGGCAAAGUGGAGAGCAGCAGCGAGGACGAGAAACCGGCCCCGAACGAAUCUCGUUCGCGUUUAGGACAAGUCGCGAAAGAACUCGGGGACACCGGAAGCGAAAGCGACGACCUGUUGCCAAUGAAACCGACUAAAAGUCAAAAAUUCAUGUCGUCGAUAUACUCGGAUAGCGAGAGUUCCGAUGUGUCCAUGAAGAACGACGACAAAUCGUCCACCAACAAGUUGAGAACUAAGGCGGCGGUGAAGGAGUUCUCCAAGCCGGGCGGCUCCUCGAAGAGCAGCCCCAAUAAACCGAACGCGGAUCAACUGAAGAAGAAACCGAAACUGGAGGACGGCGCCAAAAAAGAUUACGUGCCGUCUGAUCUCAUCGUGCCGCAGAGGCAAGCGGCCAAGAAGGCCUCGGAAAACCUUAAGUUAACCAACCGGUCCAAGGAGCAACAUCUCCUGACGAACGCGUGCGAGGACGCAAGCAAACCGGAGGAGAAAGAUAAGGAGAGGAAGGAGCCGAAGGUGGCCAAACCGAAAAGCGGGAAAACGCACCAUGCGAAAGAGGAAGAACGGAAGAGCAAGGAGCCGGAACCGGUUAAAAAGCUUGAGCAAAGCAAAGAGGCCGAGGCGCAAAAAGAGGCCGAUUUGUUGGCGUUCGUGCCCCAAAGACAAGCGGCCAAGAAGGCGGCCGAGCAUAUUAAGAGCGGAAUGGGUAAAGCCCCUGCAGCAGAUAACUCUCAGGCCUCUGCCCCCGGCGAGUGUAAACCCAAGGACUCCCCGGAUGCUAAUAAAGCGACCGGCAACGCCAACCGGAAAAAAGACGCCGCCGAACCGGCCAAGAUCCAAUCGAAACGGAAAUCCUCCGUGCAAUCAUCCACCAGUUCGUCAACGUCUUCCAGUACGUCCUCGGACUCGGGCAGCACCUCCACUUCGGACAGCGAAAGCGACCUGGACAAAAAGAAAACCACUCAACAACAAGCACCGCGAUCGGAGAGCAACGCAACUGCCGCAGUUGCUACGAGGCGGAGUAGUCGUGCCGAGGACUGGCCCUUUCUUGACAAGGGAGCCCGUCCGAGGGCGGCCUCUUCCUCGUCAGCCUCCAACAGCGGCGGCGGCGGCGGCAGCACCACGGGCACCGACACGAGUGGCGACGAGUCAUCAUCGCGCGGGUCCGUUAAAAAGUCGACCGGAAAGUCCGCCUCCCCUGCUCCGGCUCGAAAACCGGUGGCCGAUUCGCCAGUCGUUGCUAAAAAAUCGGCCCGAAAGUCCUCCCCGGCUGGUGCCGGAAGAAGGGCCGCUGUGUCGCCGGCCCGUAGAAAAUCGCCUCAGGCGUCUAACGGAACGGGAACGACCUCGCCUGCGGUCAAGAAGUCCGCCGGAGCCGCAACAGCAGCAGCAGAAUCAUCAGUUGAUCAGCAGUCAGCGGCAGCACCAGUUACUCCACGGGGACGUAAGCCGAGCGCCGACAAGAGGCAGCCAUCUAAAAGAGAGGAACCAUCGCGAAGAGGUCGAGGAAGAGCACGAGGAAGACCACCCCGGUCAUCAUACCAGACCAGUGAUCGGGUCGGAGAUGCUGAUGUCCGGCCAAGAGAUCUGCCUGAUGACCAACCUGUCGGUGUGGAAGGAGAACGCGCCGCUGUCAAGAGAAAACCCGACGUUAGUCCUCCACAUACCCCUAAUAGACGUGAUAAAGAGCCAAACGCCGUCGAGCAACGCGCUGCGCUCGGUAAAACGGACGCGAAGUUAAAGAAGGAGAAACGAACCCCGGAACGGGAUCUGGAGCAGGAGAUUAUGGAACGGAAAGCCGACAAGGAGAAGGAGGGAGUGAACAAGUCGAAAUCCGCUCUGGACAAACUGUUUCGGGCGAGUGCCAUGUCAAACUCGGAUAAGGAGAAGAGACAUCAGGAGAGAGUGAAAAAUAAUAGACGAUCAGUGGAGGGGGCUGAGCCUCUUAUUAAAUCGCCCAAUAAAGAACUUAAAGAGCAAAUCGAGAAGAAGAAUAAGAGCGGUGCCGAAGAACCCGUGCCGGUUGUGGAGAAACUUAAAAAGAAACCACUUCCGGAGGUCAUUGAAUUACCCAAGAAGGAAUAUAAAGAAGAAAAUAGGAAAAUCACUGCAGAUCGGAAUCAUUCGAGGCGGUCAAAGUCUAUGGACAAACAAGAAGCCGAACCCGUGCUAGAAAAUAAUAAGUCGAUAACGUUUAAUUCGUCGAGUCAUGAGGCACCUUCAAAAGAUUUAGAAGAGGUUUUGAAUAAUAAGGUUAAUAUCCAGCCGGUGGAGGGAGCGGAUGAAGUGUUGCCCUCCAGACACGAUUCGGACAACAGAAGUGCAAAACGUGAGGAUUUCUUCGCGGAAAGUGCGCACGCGGACACGCUUUUAUCCAGCAGCGAAUCCAAAGAAAACAUCAACAACAAAUCUGUGAACAACAAACACUUGAAGGUAACCGACGAAAUUUCCACCGCCGAUAAAAUCGUCGACGACCACCUUCAAUCGCAGAAGCUGAAGGAGCAAAACCUUGAAGUGACCAAACCGGAAGUGACCGAGUAUGAUCGGGAAACGACUAACGCGACUAAAUCAUUGGAAGCCUUGGAGUCGAAAUCGAUAUUUUCACCGCCCCAGCAAUCAAAAGAGACGGACCUAUUGGACCUGGUGCAAUUCGACGACAGUUUUGGUUUACAAAGGGACGAACCCGUGAAAGAAACCGUGGUGGCGUCUGUCAAGGAAGACACCAAAGAGGACAGCGCCAGGGAAACCUUAAAUUUGAUAGAAAAACUUCGUAUGGGCCUGAAUAAAAAGUCAACCGGCGGCGACACGGACGACACCACCACAAGCGACGCGGCAGAAUUCGAUAAGGGAGACAACAUGGAGCAAGUUGUACCCAAUAACAUCGUACCACCGACGGCACUGCCGACUUGCACCUUAGCCGACUUCGCGGAUGACAUCGUCAAGACCACUUCGUUCGGUCAGCAAUUCGCCCUGCCGAACUGCGUGAUGGACAGUACUAAAAACAUGUUUCUGCAACCACCGGACGAGAUGAUCCAUCCGGCCCCGUUGCAGGGGGACGAACGUUGGGUACCUCCGAGUACCGCCCAUCAGUUCCCUUAUGCCAACGACGCCUUGGCCCAGUACCAGAAAGAACUCGGUCAAGAACCCGCCGGUUUAACACAUUCCUCUUUGCCCAAGUCUUUAAAGGAGCGCUCGUUGACUCCCUCGACGGAUCCGAGAAUCUCGCAGACCCCUCUGCCCUUGGAAUGUAUGCCCAGUCCCUCUCCUUAUCCGGAUAUACAUCCGCAAGCGAAAUGGGCGGACAGCGCCAUAAUGCCCAGCCGACGGUCAUCGGUCAGUUCCAGUUCCGGUUCCAGUUCGAAACGGGGGGAGGAAGACGACACCCCCAAGAUGCCUCAGCAAGACAUUCGAAUCGGCGGCGGCAACUUAGAAGAUAUGGCCCCGUUCAUGCCUUAUUCGGGGAACCACCUGGACAACUUGGGCCAGUUUCAAGAUCCCUCCUUUGCCACGGUCAGUCUGUUUCCGCCUACGACCACCUUAAAUACGCAGAUCUCGUUCCCGGGGUCGUCGGUCGCGUCUACGGGCGUGUUUCCGCCGGCGUUCGGCGCCCCGUUUCCCGCGGCCGUGUCCUCGAUGACGAAACCGGCGGCGGAAGAUUCGGUUCCGUAUUCGGCCGCGUUCACUUCCUCGCAACACAAUAUGGCUUUGACGGCGGCCAUGGUGAAUCUGCCUAGUGUUCCUGUCGAAGAGGUGGUGCAGCAGCAGCAACAGCAACAGCCGCCUUCGCAACCGUCCGCUACUGCGGAAACGGUGUUGCCGUCCCCGGUUCUUGGUAGCGAGGGCGCCACGUUGCCGUCUCCGGGCACCUCCACGAAGAAUUCAGUCGGGAAAAAAUCACCGAGCAAACCGACGAGGACGUCCGCCCGGGUAACGUCCCAGAUGAUGAACAAAUCACCGGCGAAAAGUCCGGGCAAAAGUCCCCGUCAGGAAUCGUUGCAGAAACAAAGCGGCCCGGGACGAGGCAGAACGACAGACCACAAACGGGCCUCGGGCAAAUCCGGCCCGUCCAAAACCCCGGUGGCGUCCAGAGGAGGUCGGGGACGGGGCAGAGGUCGCGGACGACACCACAACGAUUACGAUUUCAUGGGCGCGAACACCAUUCACAACAAACUGGUCGGCACGGUGUACGAUCUCGACUUCGACGACGAUAUCAGCAACGAUAACAUGACGAUCGACUUGAAGUCGAUGCGCGAGAGACGAAAAUCGAUCGACGUGCACGAGAAAAAGUUCGAUUCGUUCUCGUCGCCGCGUUCUCCGCGUUUCGCCAGUCCGAAGAAUCGGUUUAGCACCGACCACUUGCGAGAUCUCAAGCCUCCGAGUCCGCGUGAUGACCGCGUUAAAACCGAUACGAGCGUUAACAGCGUGCCGCCUCUAACGUUCCCGGAAGUCGCCCCCGUGCUGCCCGGUCCCGUGGACAUGCGGACUUAUAACAGUGAUACGAACAGCGGGUUUGAUCAGGCGAGUUUGAACGAGCAAAACUUGUUAAGCGCCUUUGCCUCCGGCACGGCUGGUGCGCAAGUGAACGAGGAACUCGACGAGGACUUUGAGAAGGAGCUGCACUCCGCUUUAAGUACUAAGAAAGUGGAAGAGGUGCCGGUCGCGGAGGUGGCCAGCAAUAUCAAAGUCUCUUUGUCGGAUUCUCGGAAUCAGCUUAAGGUUAAGAUCAAGGGACCUAUAGCGAAUUACACUUCUCCUAUACCACCAAUGCCCGUGCCAAUAUCAGACGUGGUUCCUAAUAACACCAUCAAUUCGUCCAAUAACGUCGUUGGUAACAUGGGGAUGUCCUCUGGGGGUACCUCGAGUUUAAGGCGGAUGCGCAAGAAGGAGCUGUUGAGGCAGUACUGGACGCAAGACAUGAACAUGGAUGAUCCUUCGAGCAAUUCAAGCUUCACAUCGAUGCCCACCGUGGCACCGAUCAAUCGAACAAUAAUCACCAUACCGAAAGCGAUCGCUUCGAUGACCAGCAUCCCGACCAAGGAAGAUUACCGGGACUAUCGAAACGACGACUUCAUCGAAACGAAACAUCACAAAAAAUCGAAGGCCUUGAGCAGGGAACUGAAGCAACUGGACCUGUGCCUGGACGAUUUAGGCGAAAGGAGACGUACGACGAGCAAUUUGAGCGUGUCGGAGGCCCCGAAGCAUAAAAGCCGCGGCAGACCGGUGCGGAACGCGACAGUCGCGCCCUCCCAAACGGCUCCAAAGUUAAAAAUCAAAAUCGGCGGCAGCGCCGGCACCAACAGCGUGGUAAGCGAGGAGAAGAGCCUGCGGCCCCCGAAAAAGAGACUGAACAUGUCCAAACCGUCCCUGGAGGACCUCAAGAGGGACAGCAUGAACUUCCGCAAGCAAAUGAUGGCCGACCUGAAGGUGCGCAAAAAGAAAAAAGACAAAAACGACAAGUACAAGAAACGGGACCGUAAAAACUCGGACCCGAAAGUGCAAAUCAUCUCCGAUGAAACCACUUCAACCAAACUGAUAUUCCGGUUCGUGAAACCUAAUGAAAAAGUGCGGGUGUCCUCGAACGAAGUAGUGCGGACUAGUGAAUCGAAAAGUGAACAGCAAGUGGACGAUCGGACUAAGGAUGAACCGCAGCAGCAGCAGCAGCAACAUCCGAAAUUAACUCCGAUAAAACUGAAAAUCUCGCGGUGCGGCGAAGGUUCCGGUUACGUGACGAAACCGUCGGAACCGGAAUGUCCGCGCACCAAAGAAGAUCAAACGUCGGAACCGGGAGAACCGCCUCCCGCGUCGCAGGCGGAACCCGAUCCCCUGGACGGUCUCCCCGAGGCCCUGCAACAGGCCCCGCCCCCGCCCCCACUCAAUAAAGACUGCGAGGUCAGGUGAUAACUGUGUAAUACCACUUCUGUUACUAUGUAGCUAGGUUAUUAUAUAAUAAAGUCGGGUAAAGACGGUACCUGAAAAACGAAAGGGAAAAAAAUGAAAAUAAUGGAGGCGGGAAAGCGUUGCACCGCUAUAAUAGAGUACAUCACGGUUCGCGGGUCCGGAACCGGUUCUUGAGAUUAUAAUGUUGAUAAGAGACGUUAUUCGGUAGGUAGGGUUUAGGAAUGUAUUAAGGGUAAGUUUAUUAAGGUUUGGUGUCAUCUUUUAAUGCAGCUGGGUUGGAAAUAUAAAUAUCUACGACGUGUCCAAGAUAAGGGGGGUCAGUACAGGGUUUUCCGUAAUUAGGAGAGAUAGAAAGUUGGUUAAAUUGGAAGAAUUUUAUGGCUUUGGGUGUUCAAUAAAAAACCGUUUUUAAAUACGAGGUACGUCCGGAAAGUAAGGUAGUCCGGAGACGACACCAUUUUGUAAUAUAGAGGAAGUAGCAAUGAGAAUGAGUAAUUUAUUCGGUUAUUUUCAAAUAUCUUCGGAAGUACAGUAGAACCUCGAUUAUCCGGGCCAGCCGGGACCGAGCCUUCGCCGGAUAAUCGAAAACACGGAUAAUCCAAAGACUCAUUUUUAUUUUUUUAAUACAUAAUUUAUUUAAACAAAUACAUGUGCCAGACGAAAAGAAACAACAUAAUGCAACAUAAUGCAACAAAAAAAAAUGUUUUAUUACCUAUUUAGACAUAUGUAAUGUAUUUGCUAUGUAUAAACGUAUACAUACAUUAUAAAAAAUAUUAUGUAGGUUAUAUUAUAUUACAUAUUAUAUGUAUAUACAUACAUAUGUACAUAUAUAAAAAAAUCACUAAUUUUUGUUUGUUUUUGGGCCUCGUAACUUCUACACCCUAUAAUUUCCUUCAUUUUUCUAAGCUGAAGUACAUGAAUGUCAUCAGUUACAGGGUGUUCUUCAAAAUAUUGAAUAAGUAUGUUUACUGCAUCCCUUGCUUCUCGAUGACUCGUCAUAAUGACGCAAUCAUUUUUAUCAGAACUCUCAUUCUCAUCACUACUUUUGUCAGAACUUUCUGCAGAGCUCUUGUUAUGUAGAUAAUCGUCAUCUAUGAUCUGAUACCCUGUUUCUUGGUGAUCACAUUCUAUCCAUUCUUGUAUUUCUUUAUUGUCUAUUUCUUCUAAACCUUUGAUUUGUGAGGCAAUAGUUGCUAUAUUUCCGACGGACAGCUCACCUUCAUUUAAGUGAUUUUCAUCUUCAGAACCGUCUUCAUGUUCUAAAGUCAUUAUUUUAUAAAAUGAUUUUUUAAUGUGAUCCACUUUCACAUCACUCCAAGCACGAGCUACAGCAUAAAUUGCUUCUUUUAAAUUUAGACGUUUCCAAAAUCCCACAAUGUCAUCUUCUCCCAACAGUUGCAGCAUGAUGUCUUUUUUGUAAAGUCUCUUCAUGGUCUCUAUAACACCUUGGUCCAUUGGCUGGGCAAUAGAUGUUACAUUCGGAGGAAAAUAUGCUACGAAUAUGUUCCCAUCUGUUGACUUUAGUUGCUCUACAUCAGGAUGCGAUGGCGCAUUAUCCAGUAACAGUACAGCCUUUGGUGGAAGAUUAUUUUCUUUGAGAUAUAAAUUUUUCGAAAAACCACUUUUUAAAAAUUACUCGAUCCAUCCAAGCUGCCUUUUGAUUAUAAUAAUCCACAGGCAAUCUUUUUAUAUUUUUAAAAGCUCUAGGAUUUUUGGAUUUUCCAAUGACGGCUAACCUAAGCUUAUGGGUUCCUGAGGCAUUAGCACAGCAUAAAACUGUUAAACGGUCUUUGCUUACUUUGAAACCUAAAAAAAAAUACAACUUUGAGAAAUAUUUUAUACGUAAGAAAAUAUGUAUGUAACGCUAACCUGGUGCACUAGUUUCUGAGGCUACAACAAGUGUCCUUCUCGGCAUUGCUUUCCAAUAGAGUCCAGUUUCAUCUCCGUUGUACACUUGCUCAGGUUUUAGGUCAUGAGAUUUUCCAAAUCAUAGCAAAAUUCUACCAUAGCUACAUCAUUAGCACUUAAUUUCUCCCCUUGAACAGCUAAUUCUCGUAUUCCAUGACGUUUUUUAAAUCUGUAAAGCCAACCAGAAGAUGCCGAGAAGUUGCCUUUAAUUUUCAACUGCUUGUGAAACUUUUCAGCUUGCCUAGUACACAUAGGUCCUGAUAUCGGAACCCCCACUGAUCUUUUCUGCAAGAACCACUUGGUCAUAGCAUCAUCAAGUUCUCGAAACGUAGACCCUUUUAGAGAUUUCCUAUCAGAAAUAGCUUUUGCACUAUCCGCUUUUGCUACAAAGCUCUGUAACUGGGAUUUUUUCUUCACAAUGUCACGAACCGUUUGUUUUCCAAUAUUAUAUGUUUUAGCCAAAAUAGCAACACUUAUGUUAUUUUCAGACUGUUUCAAAAUUUCCAUUUUUUGCUCAAUAGUUAAAACAUUGCGUUUACGCUUUUCAUUAGCACCCGUACGCUGCAUUUUGUGCGCCUGUUUACGUUUAACUAAUAAGCGAUGAGCCGGUCGCCGGUCGCCAAUACUCGCCAGUUGGCGAAAAAUUUUUGAAAUUUCAAAAGGGCGUUUUAAUGAGCACCAAAUUCCGCAACUUUGCCUCAAUUUAACCGACCUCGUGUCUCUUCUAGUUCACGAGAUCCCAAUGGUGAGGCUCGAAUUUGGGAAACACCCUGUUGCACAAAACUCUUCAACUAGUUUUCCACAUAACUGCCGAAAUUUUACGGGCAUUUGUCAUAGCGUGACCCGAGGUUUUCUAUGUCUUCUUCACAAGUGUCUUUAACCAGUUGGAAAGAUUUUCUUUCAACUCUUCAUCACUGUUGACCUCCAAGGAAAGAUUUAAGAUGUAAGAACAGAUGAAAAUUGCUAGGAGCGAGGUCAGGGCUGAACGGAGGAUGGUCAAACACUUCCCUGUAGGUCACAUUUGCAGUGUAUGGUCGUGAAGAAAAACAACACCUUUUGACAGAAAUCCUCGGCGUUUAUUCUGCAUUGAUUAUUUGACCUCGCGGUAAGAAAUCAAUCAGUAAGAUGCCUUUCCUGUCCCAAAACCCUGUGCACAUGAUUUUUCGAGAUGUCAAGAUUUGUUUCGGCUAAACCCUUGCUGGGGAAGAAGUGUGUCUCCAUUCCAUUGAUUGCCGCUUAGUUUCAUCUCCUGUGAAUCAAAACGGAUUAAAAACUGAAGUGCCCUACCCAUCCGUUUUGUUGUGUGUUCCUCAAGUCUCUAAGCAAAGUUUACGAAAUUUCAGUUUUUCGUUAUGUACAGUUUUAUGAAUUAGUGAGAUCCCACUAAUUGUGAACUUACGGUUUUCCUUAAGCUUUUCAUCAAUCACUGGAGUCAGUUGUUCUGUAUUCAAAGGUGGACGCCCACUUCGUUCUUCAUCGUGCAGUUCACUGCGUCCUUCAUUGAACUGUCGGACCCAUCUUCUCACAAUUGAAGCACCCAUCACGUUUUGUCCGUAAACUUCGGAAAUUUGCCGAUAAAUUUCAAUUGGUUGCACUUUCUUAGGAUUCGGAAAACGAAUCACGGAUCUAAUUUCACAAACGGCGGGAUUUUCUAUUUCAAAUUUGAAAUUUCAAACACCGACAUUGUAAACAAGCACAACAAAGCAUACGUGGCUGACAGUUUCUUCUCCUUGAUAUAGAGCGUGUGUCGUGAUCGCAGCGGAUAUAAAUAGAAACGGAACUUACUUUCUGGACGUACUUCGUAUAAAAAAUUCUGAGUAGUUCCGAAAAUAUCCGAAAAUAAAACGAUUUUUCAAAAAAAAAAAAUUUUCACUGAGUUUAUUACAAAUAGUGUAGUAAGAUUUCCUAAAAUAUUGGAAACCAAUUUGGUGUGGCGAUUGUGGUUCCAAGGAUUCUCUAGAGGAUUCAAAUCGGGGUGAUUAGGGAGGCCAAUCAAGUUUGAAAGUUAAUUCUUAACUAGUUGAGAGACAAUGGCAAUAUAUCAACAUACUUUUGAGCAAUCACACGUCCAACAAUUAACCGAAACCAUCCCCACACCAUCGGAUUUCCUUCACCAUGUUUGACAGUUAAAAUAUCAAAUACUGUAAGUUGAAUCUUUGAUCAGCCUUGUACAUAUCUUGUAGAUUCACUCCCAAAUAAAUUUAACUUGCAUGCAAAAUAUUGACCUCUACUGAUUUCGUGUCCAGUCUUUGUGAUCUAAAAUAUGCCAAUCCUCCAACAUACCUAGUGUAAGAAGUCUUUUUAAUUGCAUUUUUAGAAUUUUCAAUUAGUACUUUAAAUGAGUAGUAAUUAAAAUGAGAACUAUCAGCUCCUUACAAUUUUUUUUUCCAAUGCCUGGAAAACGCAUAAAAUUAUUACACUUUAACCAUUGGCAUUUAUAAUUAUUUCUUCCGGACAUAUGAAGUGCUUUUUAUAUAUUAUUCCAGGCAUUCGAAACCUUUCCAUUAAAGAAUCUGUGGAGAAUAAAACUGACAACAAGGUAUUAUCAAUAACCAAAUUUCCACUCACUUUUAACAUUUUCUAGGUAUUAAAGCAAAUACGUUGCAGUUUUUUAAAGUCAUUUCUUUUACAGUUCCUUGUUAUAAUAUGUUCUGGACAUUUUGAAGCAAUUUUCUAAUUUAGUCCAGGUGUUCGAAGGCUUUCCAAGGUUUCAUCAACUUUUCAGGAAAGGUAAAUUUAAUGGUGUACAUUUUACUCUCUCUAGAUAUUCAAAGUAAUUUCAUAUUUCCUCUCGUUUGUUAGGACACUUUAGCCAUUGGCAUUCACAGUUACUUCCUAUAUGUUCCAGACAUUUCGAGUAAUUUCCUUAUUUAUUCCAGGCAUUUCAAAGGCUUUAUACUUAUCAGGCAAUUUGUUUCUACAAGUACAUUUUUAGUUCUACAUGUAGCAUUCAGUCAGUUUAAUUUUUUCCUAAACUUUGAGAGUAAUUUUUAAUACAUUCCAAGCAUUUAAAUAAUCCCAUUCCUGUCAGGUGAGUCUCUUUUAAUAACCAAUUCCCUUUAUCUACCAUCCUCUAUUAAUCACCAAAUUAUCAAAGAUUAUGAGAUAUUGGAUUUCUAAACAAUUACGUUAUACAUUACAUAAAAAUAACCAAAUAAAAUUACUAGACAUGGUUUCUAUUCCAUAUACUUAAACCCUGGACGGAGUAUUAUCAAAGUUAAAAUUAGGACUCUCACUCUGUUCAUUUUCGCCAUUGUAGGGCUUCUUUGCCCUCAAUAACCAUGUAUUCAAAAACUCCUCGUUCAUUCCCAAUUUCUUCAUUCUGAUCUGCACCAUUUUCUCCAUAGUCAUUUUGGCUCUCUUGCUACAUCCUAAAAACUCGGUUAAUAUUUUAUAUUAAAACGUACAUUUUCAGUCCGACUUCCGCGUCAUCCUUCACCCAGUCAACACGUGGUCGUUCUAUUCCUUUCCUAUCCUUCGGAUUCCUUUCCUAAACCCUUUCCUACCCCUUGCCGUUGGAUAUAACGUGCCUUUAAGAAGUAAAUUUAGUGAAAGUAUCAAGCCCACUUCAGCGUCAUCCUGCACCCAGUCAACACGUGGUCGUUCUUUCCUUUCCUAUCCUUUGGAACCCUUCCUAGACCCUUUCCUGCCCUUGCCCUUUGCCAGUGGUAGCUGAACCUAUUCACGCCGGUAGCCAGGCCGGAUGCAUCCUAGGGAAGGCGUCACCGUGCAUUUCAGUAUUAAAAAUUGUGAAAAUAUCGAUUCGGGGAACAGGGUACAUACCCGACAGUUUUCCCGAAUCUCCAAAUCGUGCUGGCAGAUUGCCUUGUAGCAGAAGCCAUUAAAACCACAAACCAACGUACAUUUUUUUUUUUGAAUCUCUAUAUAAGCUGUGUUCGCACAAUCGGGUUUCGUCUAUUGAUAGUUUUAUUUUCGUGUACCCAGAACAUAAUAUGCUGCACCUGUUUGUUAGUCAAAAAUUAAGCGAGGCAAUAUCCUUAUGUCCAAAAUGCAAUAAAUAAGAUAAGCCUAAUUAAAUUUUGAUUUAAUAAUGUCACAGGUUUUCUUAUAAUCAUGGACUAUUCACAGGUUGCAAAUUAACUUCAGUAGUUUUGGUCAAUAAGCGCACAAUCUUUAUGGAAUUAAAAAGAAGUCAAAUGAAACCUCCUCUGUAUGUUCAGUCAUUUUUAUUUUGAGAAAAAUUGAUUGAUAUUCUGUACAUUAUAAUGGCACCUUAAAUAUUUAUCGGAUUAAACAUUUAGUGUAUCAUUUGAAAGGUGAAAAGGUCAGUUUUUAGACAGUGAAUUCAUUCGCAAUUCGUUGCAUGAAAUUUCAACGAUAUUAAGAGUAUUUUGAUUAGGUUAACAGGUAUUUCAAUUCAUCGGUAUCAAACAAUCUUCAUCAGGUAUUUUAAGGGUUAAUAUGUUAAACUAAAAAAAAGAGGCCACUUUUUAGAAUUUCAAGCUUAGAGUCUAGUUGAGCAACAGUUUGCAUAAGCAAAAUUGCAAUAAAAGUUAUAAAUCUGAGAAGGCUUGUUUUGCAGGGCGUUAUUUUCUAAGGUUGCUUUUAACAUGUCAAAAUAUUGUUCAAUCACAAAUGGAUCAUUGGCUUUUUUUCUGGCAUACUCCAGUCCUUGUGGUUUUUUUAAAGAUAGCCUGUGCCUUUUUUUAAAGGAUAAGAACCAAUCCUCGCCAGGUAUUCCACCUUUAAAUGGCGUUUUUAUAUUAUUUUUCGUGACAUACUAUCCCACUAAUUCUAAGAUUUCCUUUCUGCUGAGCCCCCCAACCCCACUUCUCCAUGAUUUUUAUGGCAUUCACUAAUUUUUCUUCAUCAGCUGCAGGUAUUGCGGUGGGUCUUCCUUUGGACGUGCUUUUUGAUCCUCGGGUUUCUCGUAGGUGUUUUUGAAGAGUGGGAAAUGGGAUUUGAUACCUCUGGGCAGCACCACGAAUACUGAUACGAUUUUCUUGGAUGUUUCUGAUCGCAUCUUUUAAAAGUUCAGCACUGUAAGAAGGGUCUUGUUUCUGUUUUUUAUACACUCUGACCAUUUUGAAGGAACUCACUAGGAACUGUAUAAACUAGUCCUAGAUCGGUCCUAUUUUAAAGAUUUCCACACUGUUUUUACAAUUAAUUAAAGUCUUUGGUAAGGAUUUACACUAUUUCUUCGAUAUUAGUCUUAGCCUGUAACAAUACAGAAAAUAAUAGGUUAUAGCCUAAAAACUCAAAUAGCAGAAUCAACAUCCUUGUCGAAAAUUACCUAAGGAAGCAAAAUAUUACAACUAAAUACUAAUAUUAGCAGUGGUAAUAGGGAACUAAAAUUCCUAAAAGGCACUCACCAAAUUAUUAUAAAUGUCAAAGUACAAAAAAGAAAAAGGGAAAUCUUUGAAACUGGAACUAAGAGGUUAAUAAAAAGUAAUAUGGGUAUAAAAAGGGUCAUAUUUUCGAAUUUCGAAGAAAAUAUGUUUCAAAACGUUAUUAAAAAAAAUCAUAGGGCUUGAUUACAUUUGAGGAGCAGACUUGCAAAUUGCAUUUUGUCCAUUUUUACCAAUUUUCAGAAAACGCAACAAACUACUAUACAAAAACUAAAUGAAAGAAAAAAAAAUUAUGUCAUCAUAUAAUGGCAUUGAGUGUAUGGACCUCGAUUACGAGUUUCUGUACAAAAAAGUGAGAAAACAACUUGAAGAAAUACAAAAAAUUGGUGGACAAAAUGCAUUUUGACUAUCUAUGGUGGACAAAAUGCAAUUUGAAUGUCAUUAUAAUUUUAUAAAAUGAAUAAACUGUCUUAAAUGAAAAAGUAUUCUAUUCAAACAUAAAUAUGAAACCAAAAAAAAAACAAUAUCUCUUGUUUUUUUUUUUAAUUUUAAAUGAAGUUAUUUUUAUCAGUUUCAGCGCAUUCGCAAGCUUUUUCACCAUCUUCGUACUCUUGAUUUUCAUUAUGGCUUACAGCAGGAUUUUCAAAUAUUUCAGCCAUCCGUCUUAACUCAGGGUCUGUGUCGUACCAUUUGUCACCAGAUAACGUAACAAGUAAUUUUUUUAAACUAUCAAGUUUUUUCUGUUUUAUUUCAUGUCCAAGCCGUACUUCACAAAGAACGAUUUGAUCCAAGCGCUUUUUGGGUUUUAGCAAAGUUUGGAAUUUUUUUGCUGGAUCAUCCGUCCGAUAUAAAGAUUCAGAUUUUACCACCACUUUUGAGACCGUACCUCUUUUAAUGAUUAUUCUCUUACUUAAGCUAA